AGAAGGCAAAGGAUUCCAGCCUCCCAACUCGCCUCCUCCAGGUUUAGCUCUCUAAUUCAUCCUCUGCAUGGCAGGCACAGCAGGAAGAGCCAAGAGAGAAUGGCGUGGCAGGGGCUGGUGCUGGCUGCCUGCCUCCUCGCACUCCCCCCCACCACAGCAGACUGUCUGUCCCGGUGCUCCUUGUGUGUUAUGAAGACCCAGGAUGGGCCCAAAUCCAUCAACCCCCUGAUUUGCUCCCUGGAAUGCCAGGCCGCCCUGCAGCCCACUGAGGAGUGGGAGAGGUGCCAGGGCCUUCUGUCUUUCCUCACUCCCUUCACCCUCGGGCUUAACGGCAAGGGAGACUUGGAGAGCAAGGCAGCUCUGGAAGAGCCCGAUAGGGAGCUGGCGAAGCACGCGGGGCCCUUAUUGAAGGAGCUGGAGAAAAACAGAUUCCUUCUCAGAACCCCAGCAGAGGAGAAGGAUCUGAGCAGCAGCCUGGCAGAGAAGCUCAGGGGUCUCUCUGGCAGGUUGGGGGAGGAAGCAGAGUCUGAGCUGGUUGGGGGGGCCCAGCUGAAUGAUGGUGCCAUGGAGGCUGGAUCACUGGAUUCCGACGAGGAGGAUCCCAAGGAGCAGGUCAAACGUUACGGAGGCUUUUUGCGCAAAUACCCCAAAAGGAGCUCAGAGGUGGCUGGAGAUGGGGAUGGGGAUAAGGUGGGUCAUGAAGACCUGUACAAACGCUAUGGGGGAUUCUUACGACGCAUCCGUCCCAAGCUCAAGUGGGACAACCAGAAACGCUAUGGCGGUUUUCUCCGGCGCCAGUUCAAGGUGGUUACUCGGUCUCAGGAAGACCCCAAUGCCUAUUACGAAGAGCUUUUUGAUGUGUAAACACCUCUCCAUCGUGGAGUUGAUUCAGGAGCUUCCCGUAAUGCCCUUCCAGAUUGGAGUGAACGCAUUCAUCUGCCCCUAUAGCCCCCACCCCUACGCUCAGUUCAGCAUUGUCUAUAAGACAUCCAAACCUAGCCUGCCUCUCUUCUGCCUGGGUGCAGUGUUUGUCUGGGUCAGUGAGGCGGGAGGAUGGAGGUUCCCCUGUCCAAUAGGCUUAGCGCUUGGCUCCGACCCUACAACUCUAAAACUACCACCAGCAGCAGCUUUUGGUAUCAAUCCCAUUCAUGUGACUCCCCAAUGCCAGGAAUCCAGACUGACCCCUUGAUCCCUCUGGAUCUAUGAUCAGGCAUUCUGGUCAAUGCCCUUUUAAAAGAAAAAUGAGCAUUCCCCCUCUCAUGCAGAUACAUUCAUUUAUAUAGUGUAUGCAUGUAUCAUAAAACAUACUAAAGGUAGAAAUUUAAAACAA